GUGCAAUGCCAUUGUAUUUGAUAUUGAACUAAGUAAAACAAUAUUGUAUAUUUUUAAACAGGAAGUAAUGAAGGUUUAUGUUAAACAGUUAUGUUACAUAAUUCAAGAAAGGUCGUUAUAACUUUUUCUUCAAGAAUAUUCUCGUCACACUUGAGCAUAUUGGAUUUAAUUUUUUUUAAUAAUAGUUCAGCAUUUAGAUCUUAGUCAUCGGAAAGAACCUAAAAUUAAAGUCGGAUAUUCGAUUUUUAAAGACUGCAUUUCCAUGAUACAAAAACAUGAGAACUUAAAACACAACUAUUAAGUGCACUAACAAAACUAAAUGUGGAUGGAUAUAAAACAUUAAAAACUCGGAAACUAUGGCAACGUCCAAGGAUCACAACAAAAAGGCAACGAUAACCAAGAAGAAGAACUUUAACAAGAAUAAGGCAAAGACAAUAAAUGGUAUUUUAAGAGAGGGACUUGAGUUUCCAGUGCUCGUGACCGCGUGCAACACGGAUUACGAGAUAUCCGACCAGUUUGACCUACCGGAUACUACUGAAAUUCUAUUGGAUAAAAUUGAGCAUGCGCAGUUCGCCCAAAUCCGUGCGCUUCCGUUCAACGACGUAGAUAGCGUGCGCGAGCAAAAGGGAGCAGAUACAAUGAAAAGCAGACGACAGUGCGAAGGGCUGGAGUUUCUGGUUCCUGUCUUGUAUCCUGGGAAACUGCGAUACGUAGACAUACCGGGUCACAGAACAAGGUUCUCAUCCAUACAAGAGGUGAUCGAAAGUUUCCCACGGCAUGUAAAGGUAGAGUCGGACAUGACUUUAUGCGAGCCAUACGGCGUCCACGGAACCGGUCCAGACGUUCCCGCCAUGACAAUCCUGAAGCCUAAACGUGUCUACUACGACAGCUGCACUAAACUCAGAUACCUCCAGUGCAACGCCGGUGACCAAGAAUACCACAUCCGGGAGGAUGAAAUCGUCAACAUGACCUCAAUUCUUGACAACAAUUUAUACACUCUCAGCGAUUUGAAGAAGGACGGGGCCCUUCUCGCAUGUGUUCAGUUUAAUGACGUCGGGCUGCUUGAGAUUGUUCUUAAAUGCCGCGAAGAAGCAUGUCGUCUGCUGGAAAUAUUAAGUUCGCCAAUAGAAGUGAUUGGUUUUACGUCCAAGGCUUUCGUCUGUGCAUAUGUCCAAGAAGAAAACGAGAUCUGUAGAUCGGUGGCCUUGAUACCUGAAAGCUUAUGGGGAAAGCAACAGUUUCACGUCCAUGCAUCUAAAGAAAUGGAGGAUCACGUUAAAAAGUAUUUUGAAAUGUACAAAGACAAUUAUUGGUUGAGAAGUAGCAUUUACGCCGUUGAAGCAACAGGGCCUGGAAGUGAAAGACUUACUUGGUUACGACGGCCAAGCGAUUAUCUGCAUGUGACUUCAGAUCCAGACAAUGAGCCGCCACCGCCGAUUCCAAAAAGACGACCAGUGGCCAAGGUGAAACCGGAAAUUGCCAGGCGGCAGACGACACCAUCAAAUCCCGAAACAGAAGGAAGGAAAACCAGACGGCAGGUCUCGAUUUCCGUUGAAAGCGACAGCAGUUCUUUUAACGACAUCAAACUUCCAAUCAAGAAAGAAGAAGAUCGAACAAACAUUGUCCAAAAGAGCAAAAUGGGCUUUAAAAGAAUACAUUCAGAGCUGCUCGCAAUGUUCAGCUCAAAAGCUACAAAAGAAAAUCAAUACAGGAAAAGGGUUCAUUUAAAACCCCUUCAACAGUCAAAGGUUAAGUCUUACCUAGAAAGAAUCACUAUCAUGAAUAACUCCGACAAAAACACGGACAGUUCCGUUGAACCGUCUAGCCCAGUGACUCCAGUAUCUCCGCAGUCACAAUCAAUCCAUCCAAUGGCAUCGAGGACCUUACCCCCAUUGCCUGAGCAAUCGAAACCUACAACGGAAGCGUCUUCAGUUGGUUUGGCCUCGUGGUCGCCAGGUCAGAGUGGUCUGGGAGGUUUAUAUAAUACUCAAUAUGACAACGAUGGAGCGGACGAUGGUGAAGAAGACACCGACAGAAUAUAUGACGAAGCAGAUGAUGAACAGCAUGAUUAUCUUAAACCUUUAAUGCUCGAGGAUUUAAAGAAAAAAUCACACCAAAACCAAAGUUCGCAGGAGUUCUAUAGCUACUCUGUUACAGAAGUGUCUGAUUGCUUUAAACUGUGUUUUUCGGACAAACAAUGUCUUGGAAACUACUGUGCAGAAAAGAGAUUGGAUGGUAAUUUCUUUCAACGGUUUGAGGACCCAUCAAUGGUUUUUGAAGGUAUUGAACUUAGUAACAUUGACAACACUAAACUGAAAGCUAUUAUACACGAAGGCUGGCGACCAAAGCUUUGAAUGUACACUGUUUGUAUGUCUGUAUUUAAAAAUGCAUUGCCGUUUUUAGUAUUGACGAAAACACAUUUUGUUAUUCGAUUUAUUUCACUGUAUGAAAGUUGUAUGUAACAAAUUACACAAAACAUGGUCAAAAUGACUUAAUAGCAUAACAUAUCUUUCUUAUUGAUAAAUCGCAUAUCUUUAAAUGCAUGAAGCUUAAUUAGAUGAAUUCCCAUCACGACAAUAUUAUGAUUAUUCAAAAUUAUAAUUUAAUAUAUCUUCAUAGUUUUAAUAUAUAGUAUGUAACUGUGCUGUUUGUGGAAUUUCAUUUAUCUUAAGUUCUAUUCAUAAACGUUCUUAAGUAGUAGUUGGUAAAUCUCAACUUAAGAUCUGAAGGAUUUCUAGAAAUUUCUUAAGUCCCGUUGCUAUGUGUUGAAUACUUUUCAAAGAAGAAAUGUACCAAAAGCUACCGUCUAUUUUUUACUGUUUUGGAAGCAAAUUUGUAUCCUUUUGUUCAAUACACGUAAAAGGGUUGCGCCCCUAGGAUACGCCACCUCUAAAGUCAAUUCCGGUAACCGCCCGUGAUGGGCAGAAAAAGGCAUAUACAGUCAAACAUGAUGUUUUUGACUUUGCGGGGAGGAUUCGAUGUAACUAUUAGUCUGAUACUUAAGCAAUAACAAUCACCAGGUCCCGCCGAUAUUUGAACUCGGAUCGCAGGAUUCAGAUUCCUGAGUGCUAACCAUUACUCAAGGGGACCUCGUUGAAUACGGUGAACUCAGAGUACAGUUUAGAUAAAGAGAUCGGUUAUCCCUAACCUGUAACCAUCGUUGUCUCAAGAAAUACUCACAAUGCAGGAAAGGUAGUGUAACACGCCUUAAUCUUUUAGUUUGUACAAGCUCCUCAUGUCCAUGCUUCCACGUAAGCGGCCCGAAUCGUAGGAUUCAUAGGCCUGAGUGUUAACCAUUACACCGCCAUGAUUGUUUUUAUAUAUUUCAUAUGCCACAGUCAUGCAUAAGAAAAAAAUGAGUUGUUUAAACUUGUUUGGUAAAUGUUGUAAUUGAUACAUUUUCAAUGUACAGAUAUAUGCACCAAUCCAUCCCAGAAAACCUUGAUGAAUAGUGUUAUACAACCUUUCAGAGCAUCCAUCGGUGUUACCUAGCUAUAUUGAUAAGCUUGAUGUUUUUGACUUUUCGGGGAGGAUCAAAAUGAUAUGACUGUUUUUCUGAGUUUAUACUUAGUUAUGUUACUUUGAGUUGUGUGUCAAUUAUAGACAGUCACUUGUAAUUUAAGUUAUGUGUUUUAAAGUACAAUUUUCAAAUUAUUAUAAAAAUCACUAGGUCCCG